GUGUUAAACACACUGAUCACAUAAUGUAUGUGUCAGGCUGUUGAGGCAUCAGAUCACUGAACAAGAUAAUGAAGGUAAAGAUAACAUCAGUUGCAGACUUGCAAGCAGGAUGUGGUCAGAUAUCAAGAUACUGUAGGUGGGAUUCACACUUGCCAACAGAGCAAAUUUCUGUAUAAAAGGGUCGACUUGACACCCCAAGAAGAAAGACAAGUCAAUUGUCUUGCUGGCAUCAUGCAUGCUCUGCACAAAUUUCUGCUUUUUCAUGUUCUGACAUGUCUCGGACUAAACGCAGAUGGGAGUGAAAUCAUCAACGGGAAAAAAGUCGAGGAGGGAUCGAUGCAGUAUAUGGCCUCGCUGCAGAACAACAAUAAAGAACAUGUAUGUGGAGGAUUCCUCAUCAGGGAAGACGUUGUGGUCACUGCUGCGCACUGUGAUGAUGCGGGAUUUACAUCUGUUGUUCUUGGCACCCACGAUCUCAAGAAAAAAGAAGAAGAAAUAAGAAGUGAUAUUGAACAGAGAUACAAACACAAAGAUUAUCGGGGUGUAGCUUAUGGUAAUGACAUCAUGCUCCUCAAACUGUCUCAGGGGGCUGGACCGGACAACAGAGUGGAAACAAUUCAACUUCCCACCUCUGAAAUGAACACAAACUCAAAGGAAACCUGCAGUGUAGCUGGAUGGGGUAUAACUGAACGUGGAGCUGUUGAUGAUCUGAGAGUGGUGAAUUUGUCUAUCAUUAAACUACAAGUCUGUAAGGAGCAAUGGCUUCGUGUGGAUCAUAAUCUUCCUGCCAACGUAAUCUGUGCAGGUGGAUACGAAACAGACAAAGGAUUCUGUCAGGGUGAUUCUGGUGGUCCUCUGGUGUGCAACGGGAAGGCUGUUGGUGUUGUCUCUUACAACCGUAGAGAAAACUGUAACUACCCAGAUGUACCCAACGUCUACUUGGAUCUAUAUAAAUACCUUCCCUGGAUCAAGAGCAUCCUCGGAGACAUGAAACAUUAUGAGUAAAAAUCUUGCACAAAGUUUUGCUUCAGCAUACAUUCAUUGUAAUAUGGAGGCAUUGUGGUGUCUCUGAUUGCUCUGUCAGUGUGACCAAAAUUCAAAAUAAAAGCUUAUUUCAAAUACCAUGUUUAAUUUUCUUCCGUAACAACUUCAUCAGAAGAAACAAAUUGUAUUUAAGUGAAUAAUAAUAAUAUCGAGAUUCUACACUUAUACUUAAUAUUCUGUCCAUCUUUGAAAUGAUCAAAAAGACACACUUAUUCUAAAAAAAAAACA